GGGCGAACGUUAAAAACUGCGUCAUUUCCUUUAGUCAACCACGGAGAUGCCUGCAUGAAGAAGUGAAAGCGGCAGGCCACGUUUUGUGUAGGAUGUAUUGAUAGUUUUUCGUCGCCGUCUGGGACAAAGUAACGCGAACAGGCGUAUUAUUUACUUUUAUUGACUACUAACGCCUCGGAAGUCAUUAUAGGAGCGGAACUGUUUCCACGGUAACUUCAGUUGAACCAGCUCGUGUCUGCCACCCGCCAAAAGCUACAGUGGGGUUCGGCGAGGAAGUGACCAUUUUGUACGUUAGUUGUUUUCCAUAACGUUAAAUUCAAAAUGAGCGGCGGAUUCACCUUUGGGCAGACGUCCGUAGGUUUCCCUUUCGGAGGUCAGAAGAACACGGCCUCGGUCACCGGUACCACCUUUGGCAUGACAAGCUCCACGCCUGCAGCUUCCGGAGGGGGCUUCACCUUCGGCACUGCCACUCAGGCCACCUCCAACCCUACCGGCUCUUUCAGUUUUGGCACCCCAGCGAAGAGCACAGCAGCCGGUGGAGGCUUCUCGUUUGGUACCCCCGCCGCCACCACAUUUAGCCUGGGUACGGCUCCUCAAACCACAACAGCAGGAUUGACGUUAGGCUCCACAGCAGCGGGGUCAGGGUUCACCCUGGGCACGGGCUUGUCUUCACAGACCACCGCUGCCGCCCCUGCAGGUGGUGGCUUCACAUUCGGCACAGCGCCUCAAGCUCAACCCCAGUCUCAACCCGCAGCAGUAACGGCAGUCGCUGCAGCCCCAACAGCCGCAGCAACAACGGGAUCAGGUGGGCUCGCGUUCGGAGGCUUCAACUUUGGAACAACCAAGGUCCAGGUGACCACAGCUGCUGCCCCUACUGUUGCCACAGGAGGGGGCUUCACCUUUGGCACCAGUGCUCCCUCUAGUCUCACCUUGGGCAGCCAGACCCAGACCCAUACCCAGACACAGCCCCAGACCCAACCCCAGACCCAGCCCCAGCACCAGCCCCAGCCCCAGCACCAGCCCCAGCACCAGCACCAGCCCCAGCACCAGCCAGCCCCCACUGCUGCAUCUACAGCAAGUCAGGGUGGCGGAUUUAACUUUGGGAUUAAACCCUCGUCAACCCCAGCUCCUCCUGUGUCAACCCAGGCACCCCCAGCUUCAGGUCCGUCACUCUUUGCUGCACCUAUUUCAGCACCUGCUGCUCCUGCUACUACGAUUGCAGCGAGCACAGGCUUUAUUUUGGGUGCAGCUGCAACUCCAGCGAGCACCUCUGUUGCAACAACCACAGCAGCUGGUGGAGGUCUCUCUUUUAUGCUCAAACCCCUGGGGGCAGCUACCACCACCACCACCUCCACCGCUGCUCCUGCCUCUGUGGCCCCACUUGCACCUGCCGCAGCAAGUGCUGCUACGGGUUUUACACUGGGUCUCAAACCUGCAUCUGUCACAAGUACUGCAGCAAUUGCUACAGCCACAACGAGCACUACAACCACUGCUCCCCCAGUGAUGACCUACGCCCAGCUAGAGGGUCUUAUUAACAAAUGGAGUCUUGAGCUUGAGGACCAAGAGAGGCAUUUCUUACAGCAGGCGACUCAGGUGAACGCCUGGGACCGCUUGCUGGUGGAGAAUGGUGAGAAGAUCACAGCCCUGCACAAAGAGAUGGAGAAGGUCAAGCUGGACCAGAAGAGGCUAAACCAGGAGCUGGAUUUCAUCCUGUCUCAACAGAAGGAGCUGGAGGACUUGCUCUGCCCGCUCGAGGAGUCGGUGAAAGAGCAAAGUGGGACCAUCUACAUGCAGAACGCUGACGAGGAGCGCGAAAGAACAUACAAGCUUGCGGAGAACGUGGAUGCACAGCUGAAGAGGAUGUCCCAGGACCUGAAGGAGAUCAUCGAGCACCUGAACACAUCCAGUGGCCCAGCAGACACCAGUGACCCACUUCAGCAGAUCUGUAAAAUUCUCAACACCCACAUGGAUUCACUUCAGUGGAUUGAUCAGAACUCGGUGCUCCUGCAGAGAAGAGUGGAGGAAGUGUCCAAAUUGUGUGACAACCAGCGGAAGGAGCAGGAAAAAACCUUUCGCUUAACAUUUGACUAACCUGGAAUAAAUAUGUUGACAUGUGUAUUGACAUAAUGCAAACUUUGGGUUUUGCUUUUUUUUUUUUCUCCAGUAGUCAUAAAGAGAGAAGGAUGUUUUGGAUGAACAUCUCUUACCAAAACUCCAGCUCUCUUCUAUUAAGAGUUAUAUUUUCAUUGCAUUAGCUUUUAUAUAAAGUAGUGAAAACGAUCAUCUGUGCACAUGUAAAUGGUAUGAUUAAAUAAACCUCUUGAGUUAGAUGCCGUUCAGUUUUUUUCAUAAAUAUGUUAACUGCCAUUUAUUUCAGCGUUGAGGUAGACAUUCACACAUUCAGUGUAUGUGUGACAUCUGAAUUAUAUCUAAACUUUGAUAAUAUCUCAUGAUAGAUUAUGGAGUUUUUGGGUUUUUUUAUACAGCUGAAACAAUUAUGAAGUAAUUAUUAAAACAACUAUUUUGACUGACUAAUUGUUUAUCUUGCUUGUUCUGUCAAAAAAAAACAAAAAACAAAUUUGACUUAGUUCUAGUUUCUUAGCUGUGAGGAUUGGCUGAUUUUCCAUCUUAUGUGAUAGUAAACAGCAUCUCUGAAGUUUGUUCGUCAAGCAUUUCUCACUAUUUUUAUUUCCUAUUUCACAACAAUAACAAUCAGUUGAUUGAAAAGCAAAUCAUCAAUCAUAAAUGGAGAAUGAAAAUGAUCGUUGGUUGGAGCCCUCAAUUUAUAUAGGACAUACAAAAGGUAGUGAAAUUGCACCGGAGAAAUAAGUGUUUAGACAUUUUCUUUAUUAUGUGACAUUUCAACAAGACAUUCACAUUGAAUUAAAUCUAUACAACAUACACUCCAGCUGCUUUCCCUUUGGAUUCCUCACGUAGAAGAAAAGUAAUUAAAGUUCAGUGGCGACCUACAAGCACAGUGGAUGCUACCUGAAUGCAACAACAGUGAGAGGAUGUGCAUAACAACAUCUGACAAAGAUUCCCACGUUGAGAGUCACUUGUGGUCUUUUGUAUAUGCCAUUAGUUACUGUACCUAAAUGUCAUUCCAAAGUAAAAUGCUGUUUUGUUGGAACAUACAGGAACCGGACACUUAAAAACCAACAGAAAAUGUACUGAUUUAUAUUCAUAUUACUCUGAGCUGUACCUUGCUUGCAUAGACUUUAACUAAGACAGUACAACUCUAUAGACACAGCAGUAAACUUUGCACUUUGCUGAUCUGCUUCGUGGCAAACAUGACGCUGCAAAAACUCUUUGGCUGCAUGAAAUUAUUUUUCAUUCAAAAAAAUAAAUAUACAGUGCACAGAAGUAUUCAAUUAUAUACAAAACGUACAGAAACAUUUCAUCAUCUAUACAGUGUAAAAAGACAUGAACUAAUUCUUGGAAAAGGUUACGUACAAUUCUUU